ACCAAAAAUCGAUUUCCGGUUAUGCAGAAUGGCUUCCUGUUUUGGUCGAAUGUUUUCAUUUUACAAAAUUUGUUUACAACAAGCUAGAAGCUGCUCGACGCACGCAAGCACCAGUUUACCAGCGUAUGUAAAAAUUGUUGAAGUUGGACCAAGAGAUGGACUUCAGAAUGAAAAGAAAUUUGUGCCAACAGAAACCAAAGUGGAAUUCAUUAACAAGCUGUCUGAAGCCGGACUGCCUGUGAUAGAAGUUACCAGCUUCGUGUCUCCAAAAUGGGUUCCACAGAUGGCUGACAACUCAGAAGUACUGCAGUCAAUUAAGAGGUCAAAGGGAAUCACAUACACAGCUUUAACUCCAAAUCUGAAGGGCUUCAAAGAUGCGGUUUCGUGUGGUGUCAGUGAAGUGGCAAUAUUUGGAGCAGCAUCAGAGACAUUCAGCAAAAAGAAUAUAAAUUGCAGUAUAUCUGAGAGUUUACAGAGAUUUGAGGAGGUCAUGAAAGCAGCCAGAGAACUUCAGAUGCCAGUCAGAGGAUAUGUCUCGUGUGUUUUGGGAUGUCCUUACGAAAAAACGGUGUCACCAGAAAAAGUUGCACAGGUUGCCAAGGAAAUGUUUGAGAUGGGUUGCUAUGAGAUAUCGUUAGGUGACACUAUCGGUGUAGGAACUCCAGGAGCCAUGAAACAACUGAUUGCUGUGGUAACUAAACAAAUUCCUAUAGAAAGGGUGGCGGUUCAUUGCCAUGAUACGUAUGGACAAGCCCUGGCAAACAUACUGGCUGCAUUACAGAUGGGUGUGACCGUAGUGGACAGCUCGACAGCAGGCUUGGGAGGCUGUCCUUACGCUAAGGGAGCCAGCGGCAAUGUUGCUACGGAAGACGUGUUGUAUAUGCUUGACGGACUCGGAAUAAAAACAGGUGUAGAUCUGCAGAAAACAGUAGAAGCUGGUCGCUUUAUUUCACAAGCCCUGGGGCGUAGUACACAAUCUAAAGUGGGACAAGCCAUGAAAUCAUCAUUAUAACAAGACAGAAAUUAGAUACCAUAGUACCAAAAUUUUAUUAUCAUGAAAUCAUCAUUAUAACAAGACAGAAAUUAGAUACCAUUUUACCAAAAUUUUAUUAUCAUGAAAUCAUCAUUAAUUAGAUACCAUAGUACCAAAAUCUUACUAUCGUGAAAUCAUCAUCAUAACAAGACAAAAAUUAGAUACCAUAGUACCAAUAGACUAUUAGACUAGCUACCCCUAUUAAAUUAGACUAGCUACCCCUAUCUAUUAAAUUAGACUAGCUAUCCCUAUCUAUUGAAUUAGACUAGCUACCCCUAUCUAUUAAAUUAGACUAGCUAUCCCUAUCUAUUGAAUUAGACUAGCUACCUCUAUCUAUUGAAUUAGACUAGCUACCCCUAUCUAUUGAAUUAGACUAGCUAUCCCUAUCUAUUGAAUUAGACUAGCUACCCCUAUCUAUUGAAUUAGACUAGCUACCCCUAUCUAUUGAAUUAGACUAGCUACCCCUAUCUAUUGAAUUAGACUAGCUACCCCUAUCUAUUGAAUUAGACUAGCUACCCCUAUCUAUUGAAUUAGACUAGCUAUCCCUAUCUAUUGAAUUGGAUUAGCUACCCCUAUCUAUUGAAUUAGACUAGCUACCCCUAUCUAUUAAAUUAGACUAGCUACCCCUAUCUGUUGAAUUAGACUAGCUACCCCUAUCUAUUGAAUUGGAUUAGCUACCCCUAUCUAUUGAAUUAGACUAGCUACCUCUAUCUAUUGAAUUAGACUAGCUACCCCUAUCUGUUGAAUUAGACUAGCUACCCCUAUCUAUUGAAUUAGACUAGCUAUCCCUAUCUAUUGAAUUAGACUAGCUACCCCUAUCUAUUGAAUUAGACUAGCUACCCCUGUCUAUUGAAUUAUAUUAGCUACCCCUAUCUAUUGAAUUAGACUAGCUACCCCUCUGAAGGCUAUUUUAGAUGUCCCACUCUUAUUCCUUUUUAUACUAUCGUCUUUUGAAGGACGGCAUCACGGUGUCAGUUUUCCCAUCCAUAUGUCUGUCUGUUAGCGUUUUCAAGUCUGGAUCAUAUCUUAUACACUGUGAGACAUAAGACAUCAAACUUGGUCAGUUGAUGCAUCUCCCAGGAGGGGGGGGGGUAAAGUAUGUCACAACCCAAAAGUAGGUUACAGUGGCUUCAUUCUGGAAUUAAAGCAUCACAGCUUGUGACUUCAAGCAUGCAGAAAUAGAUAAAUGCAUCAUGAACAUGUAGUUCCAGGGGGUGUGUCAUGUACCCUAGCAGUGCAAUCUAUUAAUGGAGAAAAUGGAGACAUCAAUUUCUCUUUCGUAAAUCAUCAAUUACUUCUACUUAUCUUCAUGUCAUUUUACACCAGUGUUAUUAAACGUAAGAUUCAGAAUUUGAUUACUAGGAGUAUGAAAUAACAAUCAUCGUGCAGGAAUAAGAAAGGAGAGGGUAUUUAAAAGCUAUUUCUCUUACCUAAUCUUAUUUAAUUAUGUAUUGAAAUAUUGUUUAAACUGUAACAAUCAAUGUACAAAGUUUAAAAAAUUAUCAGUGGAAAUUUGAUUUAUUUUCUUUAAUUUGCUGUGCACUGACAUGUAAUGACUUUUGUUUAUGUUUAAAAUAGGUCUAUGCUACAAAUGAGGACAAAGUCCACUAGAAGGUUUAACUAAUGUCUGCUCUAAUAGAAGGUUUAACUAAUGUCUGCUCUGAUAGAAUUCAAAGUUUUUCUUGAUCAUUCCUUGACAAGCUAGGUUUUUUUGUAAGUCAAAAGAAUGAAUAUAUUCUAAAAAUUUUGUGCAAAAUCUCACGUCUCAACACAUCAAAUGAAUACGAGAAAAAUCUGUCUCGUUUAAAACUCGUGCUCUAUUGGAAGAUAAGUGAUUUAUCCUUAAAAGGAACUUUCUUUAUAAUUUGUUAUACUAUUGAUGCAUACAUGUUUGAAGAAAACCAGAAAUAUAUAUAUAUAUAUAUAUAUAGAUAUAUACUCUCUGCACAUAAAAGAUAAUUGACAAUCUUUUUACCCACAUUGUAUGCAUUUCAUUACAAAAUAUAGAGUUGUCUGUCUUACAUCUGCUAUAGCAGUGUGGUUUUGUACAAAUGUGGUUUUGUUAUCAUUGAAAUAACUAAGCCUAGUGUUUUAUAGAAGUGUUUUUUUUAUGGAGAUAUGUAUUGUUUAUUAAUUUUAUCAGUGUGUACAUUCAGACAUGUUUUGUUAUUUGAAUAUUGUGAUGUACUGUUUAAAUUUGUUGAUAUCUUUAUUAAAGAUGUUUGUUUUAUGAAGAUGUA